GAUCGAGUAAAUUUUCGAUUUUUCUCCCGUUGAUUGUCGUCAUCAUGCAUAAUCGUUGAACAAUUUCGCCAUAAUUUGUGCUGGGAUCAAGAUUUCUAGAGAGAGGAAGGACGAAUCUACAUGGAAGCUUUGUUUAAAGAUUAUUCAACGUCGUGGCGAUCGAUUUAUCGGCGUUUUUACCGUGGAUUUCCGUGGUGUUGUGAUUGUUCUUAGUUACUGCUUCUGUUCUGAUCGUUGAAUAAGGUAAAAAAGGAUAAUCUUUCAGUAUUCUUUGUUAUAGACUUCGAUUAUUCCCAGUUUCGCACUACCCUUUAAUGGAUUUGACACAAUCGUCGCCAUCGAAGCUCUCUCUAGGGUUUAUGUCGCACGCUUCCGCAUCAGCGUCACCUUCUUCCGGUCACCACCGAACGAAAAUUGCUGACGAUUCGAUAUCGUUUCAGAUUGAUUCUGGGUUCCGCAAUCCGCAUCCGAUGCCUUCGAUUCCUCUUCAGCUGAUGGAGCAGCAGACGGAAAAUUACAAGGAAGAGGAUGAAAAUGAGGAAAAGGAGGAAGAAGAGGAGGAUAGAGAGGUUGAAGAGUUUCGAAUCUUGGGUCAUUCUAUGUGUUUCAAAAGGAAGAGAGACAGCGAGUCUUUGUCUUCAUCUUCCAAGAGGGCUUCAAGCGAGCCGCAAGGUUUGGAAUCGAGAAGAAGUCAAGUUCGAACUUGGGGAAAUCAAUCUCUCAAUCAAGCGGACCCUGAUGUUUAUGAGAUUAUGGAGAAGGAGAAACAAAGGCAAUAUAAGGGAAUUGAGCUGAUUGCAUCUGAGAAUUUCGUAUGUAGGGCUGUGAUGGAAGCUCUAGGGAGUCACUUGACGAAUAAAUACUCUGAAGGAAUGCCAGGAGCAAGGUAUUAUGCAGGAAAUCAGUUUAUUGAUGAGAUUGAAACACUCUGUUGUAAGCGCGCUUUGACCGCAUUUGGUCUUGAUUCUUCUUCGUGGGGCGUAAAUGUACAACCGUAUUCAUGUACAUCAGCCAACUUCGCUGUUUAUACUGGUUUGUUAUUGCCUGGUGAUAGGAUUAUGGGAUUGGAUACUCCUUCUGGUGGUAACACCAGUCAUGGCUACUAUACACCAAAUGGUAGGAAACUCUCGGGUGCUUCAAUUUUCUUUGAAAGUCUUCCUUAUAAGGUGAAUCCACAGACUGGAUACAUAGAUUAUGAUAAAUUGGAGGAGAGAGCACUUGAUUUCCGACCCAAGAUACUGAUAUGCGGUGGGAGCUCUUAUCCUCGAGAAUUGGAUUAUGCAAGGUUUAGACAGAUUGCUGAUAAGUGCGGAGCUGUUCUUAUGUGUGAUAUGGCUCAGAUUAGCGGUCUUAUUGCUGCACAGGAAUGCGAAAGCCCUUUCGACCAAUGUGAUAUUGUCACCUCAACUACUCAUAAAAGUCUGCGAGGCCCUAGAGGAGGGAUUAUAUUUUACAGAAAGGGUCCCAAGCCAAGGAAGAAGGGGGCGAUUGUCAAUCAAGGCGAUGUUUGUGAUAGAUAUGAUUUCGAAGAGAAAAUAAAUUUUGCUGUUUUUCCAGCAAUGCAAGGUGGGCCACAUAAUAAUCACAUUGCUGCACUUGCUAUAGCCUUAAAACAAGUUGCUACUCCAGAGUACAAGGCUUAUAUGCAACAGGUGAAGAAAAAUGCUCAGGUUCUAGCCUCGUCCUUACUAAGGAGAAAUUGUAGAUUGGUCACAGGAGGCACUGAUAAUCACUUGGUUCUUUGGGACCUAAGACCUCUUGGACUAACAGGGAAGCCCUUCGAGAAGGUAUGUGAGAUGUGUCACAUUACUCUCAACAAGGUUGCUAUUUUUGAUGGAAGUGGUGCUAUCACUCCUGGAGGCGUGAGAGUUGGGACUCCGGCUAUGACAUCGAGAGGUUGUCUUGAGGCUGAUUUCGAAACCAUGACGGACUUCCUCCUUCGGGCAGCACAAAUCACAUCCGCGGUUCAGAGAGAACACGGCAAGAUUCAUACUAAUUUCAUGAAGGGUCUCGAGAACAAUAAAGAUAUUCUUGAUCUUCGGAGCAAAGUUGAGCAGUUUGCAACACAGUUUGCCUUGCCCGGAUUUGAUGCUUAAAAAGAAAUUCUUUUCUAGGGGACCAAAACGCUAUGCCUGGUAAUUAAUUAGUGCCAAUGAAUGAUUCAUUAUUUUUAUGUUCAGUUUUAUAUAUCUGUGUUUCUGGAAGAAGAAAAAAUUGCUGGAAGGAAUUUUUUUCUGGAAGCCUUCUCAACUUCUGGGAGAGAGCCUGCCUGACUAGUAAAUAUACUUCAUAUAGGGUGAACUUACCUUCUUUUGUUUCCUAUUAUCAACUUAUUUACUAUUAUUAGAUAGCUUUCUUCCUUAUGGAUUUAUCAAAAUAUUUUCAGGUGUAUUAAAGAGUUAUAUUUAUUCAAUAACACUAUUAAAGAAGCCCAUUGUCAGUUAUGAA